AUGAUGAAAGGUCAUUCUGCCAUGUUGCUUCUAACCAGGAAGGCUUUGCUGUCUGCGGCAUCAUCGCCCUCUCCUUUCUCCUCUCAAUGGAUAUCAUCAUCAAAUUUACUGAUAGCGAAAUUACAAGGAAUUGUUGAUUUCGGUUCUAUGAAGAAUCAUCCCGAACAAUCAUUAUUUCAAAUUAAUAAUAGGACCAUGAUGGUGGCCAAUUAUCACCGCAAGACAUCCACAAGUAUCAUGAUGCAAGAAACAAAUUCAACAAAAACAACAGCCACUCACAGUCAUAAUAUCAAUGAAUCCUCAAAUGAAUCAUCUCUCACUCCCUCACCUCCUUCGGAAACAACACCACAAGAAAAACCCGUAGGAGUAUUCGUUGAUGAUUUUCUCGUUGAAGAAGUGGAGAAAGAGGUAGAGCCUCUCAAACAAUCCAUCUACGAUUCGUAUUCAUCCUUCAAAAAGAAUUCUUUCACUCCGAAUAAGACCGCACUCAACAAAAUCCUCCAAUUUUUGAAAGAGUGUCCACAGGAUGAAGAUCCUAACACUUCUCAAAAAGUUUUUAAAGAAUUUUCAGAAUUUGCAAUAGGCGAUAGAAGAGUCACAGAAGAGCACCUUCUUGAACAUUUGAAAGCCAUGAAAAACAAAUAUCAUUCCUUGGCUGCUUCCUCAAUUUUUGCAGUCUUACUAAAAUUCUAUGAGGAACGAGGUCUUGUGGAGGAGAGUAUUUCUAUUUACGAGAAUAAUCUUUCAGGAACUCCACUUAACGAUAAUCUUGCUAACACUGUGAUGAGUAUUUAUGCCAAAAGUAAAAACGUGGAAAAGGUCGAAGAGUUAUUCAAGAAAGUUUCACACCCACACGGUCGCCAUUACACCACACUAGUGUACGCAUAUGUUAACGCCGGUAUGAUGGAAAAGGCCCAUGCGCUCACUUUAAGCUUAAAAGAUUCCCGACAUUUGAAUGCUGACGUAUUUGCUCCAAUUCUUAGUCAUCAUUGCAAAAACGGAAAUUUAGAUUUGUCCUUGCGAUUCUUUCAUGAAAUGCCAGAAAUGGGUAUCAGGAGAAUGACAUCAACAUACAGUAUUUUGAUGGUCGCAGCAUGUGAAAAUAAUCGAAACGAUUUAAUUUCCUUCUUAUUCAGUCACAUGAGAAAGGAAAAGAUCAAGCCAUCAAUUUCAAUCUACACUCUCUUAUUCGGUUAUUACUUUUCAAAUGAACAAUUAGAUAAGGUUUAUCAUUAUUAUGUUGAAUUGUUGAAGGAUGGUUAUGAAAUUCCAGUUGCUUGUUACAGACCUUUAUUGCUUACAAUGGGUGAGUCAAAGAGGUUUGAUGAAAUCAAGAAUUUAGAAAAGAUCAUUAUCGAAAAGACUGGAGGUGCGGCAAAUGCAUACAGUAUUAUUUAUGCUUACAUUGCAUGUGGUCAUCUCAAUGAAGCAGAACGUGUCUUUUUCAAGUUCCGCAGUAAGAUUCAAGAUCCUGAUUUGCGUGAACGUCUCUACAAUACCAUGCUUUUUGGUUAUUUGCGAUAUUGUCAGGAUUAUAAGGCAUUUUCUUUGCUAGAAUCAUUCCCAUUCACGCCAACAGCUCGAACCAUUGAGAUUUUAUACAAGGAAGGUUCGAAAGACAUUCCAUAUGAAAUUUUCAACUCACAGUAUAAGUUCUCAGCUCCAACCACAAAGAAAUAUUAA